CAGACAGUCCAUGGCAGCACCAGGGACAGGCACAGACAGCCCUGGGCCAGCAUCCACCUGGGCCAGGCCAGAGCUCAGGUCCAGAGCAGUGGUGGGGUCCAGGGUCCCAGUCUCUGAUGAUGGUCGUGAGGCAGAUCGGAGGAACUUCGGGCCGCCUCUCGCGGUUUGGAAGGUCCCCGAGUGUGGGGCCGUCCCGGAUUUUGGGUUCCCGCAGGAGCUGUGCCCGCGGCCGCAGUUCAUCGUGGACGGCGCCACGCGCACCGACAUCUGCCAGGGCGCGCUGGGUGACUGCUGGCUGCUGGCGGCCAUCGCCUCGCUGACGCUCAACGAGGCGCUGCUGCACCGCGUGGUGCCGCACGGGCAGAGCUUCCAGCAGGGCUACGCCGGCAUCUUCCACUUCCAGGGUGGCUCCGUGCAGAUAACCAGCGCCUUCGACAUGGAGGCCGUCACCUUCAAGAAGCUGGUGAAGGGCCACGCCUACUCGGUGACCGGCGCCAAGCAGAUCCCGUACCGAGGGCAGGCGCUGGAGCUGAUCCGGAUGCGCAACCCCUGGGGAGAGGUGGAGUGGACGGGCGCCUGGAGCGACGGCUCGGCCGAGUGGCACGCGGUGGAGCCGGCGCUGCGCCAGCAGCUCAUGGUCAAGAUGGAGGAUGGGGAGUUCUGGAUGUCCUUCCGGGAUUUCCUGCGGGAAUUCACCCGAGAUCGCCCCCCCCCCCCCCGCAACUACCCCGCCACCUUCUGGAUCAACCCCCAGUUCAAGAUCCAGCUGGAGGAGGUGGACGAUGAGCGGGACGAGGACGGCGGGCGCGAGCCCGGCUGCAGCUUCCUGCUGGCACUGAUGCAGAAGCACCGGCGCCGCGAGCGCCGCUACGGCAAGGACAUGGAGACCAUCGGCUUCGCCGUCUACGAGGUCCCUCCCGAGUACGUGGGGAGGUCGGGCGUGCACCUCAAGCGCGAGUUCUUCCUGGCCAACGCGUCGCGCGCGCGCUCCGAGCAGUUCAUCAACCUGCGCGAGGUGAGCACGCGCUUCCGCCUGCCGCCCGGCGAGUACAUCGUGGUGCCCUCCACCUUCGAGCCCAACAAGGAGGGCGACUUCGUGCUGCGCGUCUUCUCGGAGAAGAGAGCCGGCACCGAGGAGAUGGACGACAAGGUGCAGGCCACGCUGCCGGACGAGAAAGUUCUGUCGGAGGGAGAAAUCGAUGAGAACUUCAAGCAGCUCUUCAAGCAGCUGGCGGGGCCGGACCUGGAGAUCAGCGUCACCGAGCUGCAGACCAUCCUCAACCGCAUCAUCGCCAAACACAAAGACCUGCGCACCAAGGGCUUCAGCAUCGAGUCCUGCCGCAGCAUGGUGAACCUGAUGGACGUAUCCUUGACCCCCGUUCUUUUGGGGGUGAUCUCCCCUCACCCCCGUUCUUUGGGGCUCUGUUCCUGCCAGAGCAUUUUCCGCAAGUUCGACCUGGACAAGUCGGGCUCCAUCAGCGCCUACGAGCUGCGCCUGGCGCUGGAGGCUGCAGGGUACCCCAAGCGGCUGCACGAGCUGCUCAUCACGCGCUACGCCGAGCCCGACCUGGCGCUGGACUUCGACAGCUUCGUCUGCUGCCUCGUGCGCCUGGAGACCAUGUUCCGUGAGCAGCCCCUCCCCAGGCCCCCUGAGGGUCCCAGACCACGCCAGACGAGACCGAAAACCCUUCCCCGGUGAUCCCAAACGAUCCCUUCCGCACAAUCCUGAGUAAUCCCAAAUGAUCUUAAACCAUCCCAAAGGAGACCAAAAAAUCCUUCCCAAAUGAUCCCAAAUGAUCC